ACCGAAAUAAACCAGACUGAAACCGAACUUCCUUUAUCAGGCUGGCUUUUGUUGCACCUAUUCUCAACCUGAAACCGGUUCAACCCAACAGGAAUCGCACCGACCGACACAGAAAUAUCCCGAGUCCUGAGGGAGGCCAUCUUACUUUUAGUUUAAAUCAUGGGGCACGAGAGAAGUCACAUGGAGAUGGAGGAAACCAUCAGUCAUUAUAGAUUGCCCUCGGUGCCACUCUUUAAGUCUUAUCAUGAAAAAUCAUGAACCUUUAUUUUAUAUAAUGUGGGACCCGUCAUCUGUUCCAAGUUUCUGACUCCUGUGAUUGAGAAUCGAAGGCCACGGAAGCAAAUCUAACGUCAGCAAAGAAACUCGAGAUCUGAAAGAGAAGAUGAGUAAUGCAAGGGUACACCUCUAGGACUGAGAAAGGGAGGAAGUGAGAAGACUGGGAGGAAGAAAAGAAAAUAGAAGAAAAACAGAGUGAAGCAGAGGCUGGGUGUGUCUGAGACUCUGAGGAGAGGGAUUGGGGAUCGUCCAAGUAUUUCUUUGGGAGUGGGUUGUCCCCUUGUUGAGGGAUCAGUCUGCAAUCUGCAUGUGCAGUUGAAUAAUUUUUUGGCUCUCUGUCUUUAGAUUUUUGAGAAGUUAUUCUCAGAAAUGAUGGAGAGAGAAUGGCUAUGUACUUGAGUGACAUUAUAUAAACUCCAACCACAGCUUACCCAACAGAUUUUCAGACUAUAUUGUUGAGAUUGGAUGUGGGUUUUCAUCUUCUCUUAAGGAUUCAUAAUUGCUUCUCCUCUUCCCCACACCCUUUUCUCAUCUAUUCCGUUAUCUUCAAUGUAAUUUUGUUAACUUCAGGGGAUUUUGUUCUGUUCCUAAUGAAAAUUUCUUUGCUCUGUUACUGAGUGCUUGUGGGGUUUCGAAUUCAUUUUUUCAUUUUAAAUCCUGGGUGGUACGGGUCUGGGGAUCUCUCUCUAUUUCUGCGACAUGUGGGUUUUUAUUCUUUGAACCCACUCAACGAAAACAUCUGUUAGUUGCUUAGUUUUGAUCUCCGUUCCUGAUUCUUCAGCGACAAGUUUGUGUUGGGAAAGCAGCCAUGCGAGGAGAACAGAGCAUGUCUCUCUGUUUCAUGUCAGCUUAUCCAUAAUGCAAAUGGGUCUUUCAAUGUCUUUGUUUUUUAUCUCCUCCAUUUUCUAUAAAUGGUUGAUGAGUACAAUGGUCCGUUGCUAGAUUGAUGGUAGAUCCAUUCCCAUUUUAGUAAGAUGGAAUCUGGCAAUGGCUUCUACUCAGUUGACGAGUUCCGUUUGGAUGCCAAGUGGCUGAUCGAUCCCAAACAUCUUUUUGUUGGACCCAGAAUUGGAGAGGGAGCUCAUGCCAAAGUAUACGAAGGAAAGUAUGAAAACCAGAAUGUUGCUAUCAAAAUUGUCCAUGGAGGGGACACUCCUGAGGAGAUUGCUAAGAGAGAAUCACGGUUUGCAAGAGAAGUUGCAAUGUUGUCCAAAGUUCAACACAAAAACUUAGUUAAGUUUAUCGGUGCUUGUAAGGAGCCUGUUAUGGUGGUUGUAACUGAGCUUUUGGUGGGAGGUUCAUUGCGUAAGUACCUGUUGAACAUGCGGCCUAGGUGUUUGGACACACGUGUGGCAGUCGGUUUUGCGCUUGAUAUUGCUCGGGCAAUGGAAUGCUUGCACUCACAUGGAAUCAUUCACCGUGAUUUGAAACCUGAAAACUUGAUCUUAAGUGCAGACUACAAGACAGUGAAACUUGUGGACUUUGGUUUAGCAAGAGAGGAGUCAUUAACAGAGAUGAUGACUGCUGAAACAGGAACAUACCGUUGGAUGGCACCAGAGUUGUAUAGUACAGUCACACUGAGGCAUGGGGAGAAGAAGCACUACAACCACAAGGUGGAUGCUUACAGCUUCGCAAUUGUCUUGUGGGAACUCUUACACAACCGGUUGCCAUUUGAAGGCAUGUCAAACCUGCAGGCAGCCUAUGCAGCCGCUUUUAAAAAUGUGAGGCCUUGUGCAGAAAAUCUCCCUGAGGAUUUGGUGCUGAUUCUGACUUCGUGCUGGAAGGAGGACCCAAAUGCCCGACCGAAUUUCAGCCAGAUAGUGCAGAUGCUACUUCAUUAUCUGUCAACCCUUUCACCACCAGAGCCUGUGAUCCAAUCCCACAUUUUCAAUUCUGAAAACGCUGUUCUUCCACCGGAGUCUCCAGGUACAAGCUCUUUGAUGGCAGUACAGGAUGACUUGGGUGCAAAAACCCCGAAAGCCAAUGAGCCGAGAGGUUUCUUUUUCUGCUUCAAUCAGUGCUACUGAUCUCCUUGUGAUUGUGGGGAUCUCAACUUAUAACUUGAGGGAUUUACUAAUUAGGUUCUAAUCCCACUGAAUACGUCUAGAAGAGUAGAGAAUAUCCAUCUCAGGAAGUUCCUGAGCUCUGUAGCCAAGAUAAAAGUCUCUAUCUGUUGUAGCUAGUGAAUUUAGUUAUAAGUGAUCCCAAUUUCCUGUCUA